GGUAUGUUGCGAUUUCGUAAACUGUUCGGUACAAGCAAAUGCAAUGUUAUUGGUAUGAUUCAUGUAGGAGCUCUUCCAGGAACUCCAUGCUAUGAUGGCUCAGUACAAAACUUGUUGGAAAAUGCCUGUAGAGAGGCAGAAAUUUAUAAAGAUAGCCAAAUUGAGGGAGUGCUGUUGGAGAACAUGCAUGACAUUCCUUACGUGCAGCCAAAACACAUGGGGCCAGAGGUCACGGCUGUUAUGACAAGAAUUUGUGCAGAAGUCCGCAGGGUUCUGCCCGCUACAAUUCAAUGUGGUGUGCAGGUUCUUGCAGGUGGAAACAAGGAGGCCCUUUCAGUAGCACUGGCUGCUGGUCUUCAGUUCAUUCGUGCAGAGGGGUUUGUGUUCAGCCAUGUUGCUGAUGAGGGUUUCACUGAUGCUACAGCGGGCCCUUUACUUCGAUACAGAGCUAGCAUCAGGGCUGACAACAUCCUUAUAUUCACAGACAUUAAGAAAAAACACAGUGCCCAUGCUAUCACGUCAGACGUGAGUUUACAGGAAACUGCAAAGGCUGCCGAGUUCUUUCUGUCUGAUGGUGUGAUAGUAACCGGAGCAACAACAGGGGAUCCAGUAGACACCAGACAUCUUCACGAUGUUAAACAGAGCACUCGGCUCCCAGUUUUAGUCGGCUCAGGGGUGACAUCAGGGAACAUAAGUAACUAUAUGAAAGCUGAUGCUGUAAUUGUUGGAACUCAUUUUAAAGAAAAUGAAAGUUGGAAGAACUGUGUUGAUUGCUGCCAAAUUCAAAGAUUCAUGGAUAAAAUACAUAAACUGAGAAAUUAUUAAAAGUGUCCCUGUGCUUUAUUAAGCACAUGAAUAUGUAUGGAGGAGUGGAGGUAUACUUCCAUACAUUCAUAACCACCACUAGAUGGUGGCAACUGGUAAACCUCAUGCCACUUUAUCUUUGGGAAAGAGCCCCAGAUACAUCACUGAACAGGAGGCUGGAUGGGCUCCAGUGCCAAUCUUUACACAGUGAACAGAAAAAUCUCUUCCCCUAUCAAGAAUCGAAUCCCAGUCAUGCAACAUGAAGCCAGUCAGUAUGAAGGCAGUACAAUAAAUUCAGUCCUUUGAAUUGUGGAAUGUUACCUGCUGUCUACUGAAUUCAGCAAAUCAUGGAGUAAGUGAAAAGAACUCCAUAUGGAUCUGCAUGCUGUAUGUGCAAUAAAGUUCAGAUUGAGAAUUCUCAUGUUCUGAUUCAUCCCGAUGUGUGAGAACUUAUGCUAACCCUCAUAGUGUUUUGCAAUAAUUAAAUAACACAAGAUAACAAGCACAGUCUUCAAAUUACAGUGGAAAUCCCAUUUAAAAUUCCUUGGUAUUAAGGUUUUCCCUCAUUUUAACACUAAAUUUCAGUGAUCUGAAACAGUAAGACUAAUGUUAAGUUUCUGUAAGAUUUUCUAAUGCUUUCCAAAGAAACAUUAAGUGGGGUUUUCACCAUAAAUAACCAGAUUGUUGUGUCAUCUCUUAUAUGAACAAUGUGCAACACAAAACCAUUGCCCAAGCAUGGGCUAGUCCUGUCUCUUUGCCAAACUCCAUAUACAUAGGUUGGAUAAAAGUAGUGGCAACGCCUCUAUAGUUCUGAAAUGACUUUAUUACCCGAGGUAAACACACUUACAUUCCUUCAAUAUAAUCGCCCCCCAUGUGUACCACAUUCUGCCAAAUUUGUGGAAGGCGUCAUACACCAUCAGUGUGUCCACUUCUGCUGAUGUCCAGCAGUGACCACCCUACAGUAUGAAUAAUCUCCUCUCAUAUGUUGUAAAAUGUCCCUCGCAGUGGUUCUUUCAUUUUGCCACUGACUCAUAUCGGGUGUAUGGCGGAUGUUACAGUAUCUCCCAGCGGCGAAGGAGAUCCUUGACAGUGUCAGCAUUAUGAGCCCUUGCAUUGUCAUGAAGGAUGAUGGGGCUUAU